AUGGACUUGCAGGCAGACUUCAUACGAAAUGGAACAGCGAAGGGGAUUAUGUCCAUGUCGAAGGACAAUUCCACGCAGCUGUGGAACUCAGUACAAGACAAUGAUCUCGCCGCACACCUGAAAAUAAUCUCCAUCCUCCUCAACCCCUCCACACCCCUCCGCAACAUCCCCCUCCGGAUAUACAUCCCUGCCUCGCCAACAUCCUCCACACCCCUGGCAUCCAUCAAAAUCGUGCAAGCACUGAUCCCUCCACGAACACCCAACCGCGAGGUCCAGACCCUAGGCAUGGCGCUGAACAGUAUCUUGCCGAGUCUGUUUCCUAGCCGGCGGGAUGCGAUUGUGGCGGAACCAGUGCUACAUGGUGCGAGUGUGCCAUUUAAAGCACCGCUGGAGGAGUUGAUGAGGGAGGCGGCGUAUGCGGAUGGAUGGCUACAUUUGAGUGUGCUGAUGAUUGAUGCUUGA